AUCAUCCUCUCUGCAUGCAUUGAGCCAACCUGCCUGCACAGCUGGUUUGAUUCAUUUAUCAUACGUGAUCAUGUAUAAUGACAGACUCUAUGUUUAAAGCCCCAUUAUGUUUGGGUGCAUUGUUUUGGUUUACUCAGGGUCACAAGAGCUCUUUGGAUUAUUAGUGCUGUUGUGAGAAAGGAGGAUUUGGGCAUGAGCGCAUGUGGAGUUUAGAGGUGACCUCAAAGCUUCCGCUUGAAACCAAAUACGACGUUCGGUGACCCCCAGCAUCUUGACCUUUGACUCUCGACUCGGAAGCAGCGAUGGGGCGUAAGCUGGAUCUGUCGGGUCUGAGCAAUGAUGAAGCGGAGCACGUGCUCAGAGUCGUUCAGAGAGACAUGAAACUCCGCAAAAAGGAAGAGGAGAGACUCAGUGAAAUGAAGCAGGAGUUGGAGGAGGAGGGCAGUCGCUGUUUGCUCCUGUCUAAGCAGCACAAGUUCAACGAGCACUGCUGCAUCCGCUGCUGCUCUCCCUUCACCUUCCUGCUCAACCCCAAGCGCCCGUGUCUGGACUGCCACUACAACGUCUGCAAGUCCUGCCGCACGUACAAACAGAGCGAGAGGGGCUACGUCUGCGUUGCCUGCGAGAAGAGCAGGCUUCUGAGGACGCAGUCUCUGGAAUGGUACUACAAUAAUGUUAAGAGUCGUUUUAAGAGAUUUGGCAGCGCUAAAGUCCUCAAGACCCUCUACAGGAAACACAUCAUUGAAAGAGGAGCAUUAUCUGAGUUACCAGAGGUGAGCGCUCAUGAAGGCAGUAACGAUAAUGGCAGUAUUUGUGAUGGCAGUGACUCCACGCUCUACAAACACAAUGAAGGGUACAGUAUGGCAGACACGCUCACCGUCGCCCUGCGUGUGGCAGAAGAGGCCAUAGAGGAAGCCGUCGCAAAAGCAGAGAGCUACAGAGACAGUCUGGAGAAGCAGAAUGAAGCUCGAUAUUUGUGUGACCAUAGGGAAGAGCUCGUAGAGGAACUCGCCACUACAAUUGUUCAAAAAAUCAUUCAGAGGGGUAAGAGAUCUGAGAUUCAGGCCGAGUAUGAGUUUGUAUGGCCUCAGAUUCAAAGUAACGAGUUGCCGUCUCCCACCUCAACCCAAAACGCACACGCAACGCAGCAUUCACACACUACCUCCCAACACGGCGCAGUAGCACAGGCCGACACAACAAGCCCCUAUUCCCUGUGGAGGUCAAGAUUAGCAUUCUCUUUAACAAGUGACGAUUCUCCAGAGAAGAGUCCUGAGGUGCUUAUGGCACCGGGCGGCUCUGGGUGUUCAGAGGUAGAAAAAGACAUUCAGAACUAUUCUUCACUCAGGAGGGAGUCAAGAGCAUCAUCACUUCCAGGUUGGAAGAGCGUUGACCGCCUCGACAACUCCAGUGCAUCUUCAGUACUGCAGUCCCCUGAUGGUAACUGGAUCGCCCUGCAGAGCUCCCAGCAUUCCCGGCCCAGUCUGCUGACCAAGCGCAAGAGCCUCGUCUUCAGCGUACUUGAGAAAGAAUCGGGCGUCGUGUCUGCGUACGACGAAAUGGGCUCCGAUUCGGACCCCGAGGACCAAGGGGGCUGGGGGGCCGCCCUGUUACAGUUUCGCCGUUGUCUUUCUGACGAAACCUAUUACACUGACUCUCAACACGACCCUGAAUGGACAUACACCCAACACCCGCCUGUGACUUCCCCCUCCUCGGGUCAGUACACCAACACCGAGACCCUCAACUCGGACUCGGAAAUGUCAACUGGCCCAUCGACUCGAGCCCGCAGACUCGCCCAUGUUACGCCCCAGAAGACAAAAGGACCACCUGAUCCGAACCUGUGCCCUCCUUUUAAACAUCCUCCGUCCACUGCUGCACCCCAUCUUAUGAGACCAGCGGUCCUGGAUGUGAACUUUAACCCCUGUUUGGGAGGGGAUAGUAGUGAUGGGGAGGAGCAAAGCGAGCAGGUCAAAAGGUCGAGGAGGCGACGGAAGAACAAGCGCGAGAAUUCAGAGCAGAGCCGAGCACAUAAUGCGCUGUACAGCGCUGCUACAGCGGAGAACAGCGCUCUGCUCCUCAACGCCAUGAUGAUGCGCCGACAGCUGAGCCAGGAGCCUCCAGCCCCUCUCGGUUACCACACUCCAGACACUGUGACCACCCCGCCUGAACUUUUGACCUCUGAUGACAUGACCCCUGAACCUGACUGUCAAAACACAUUGACACACAACUCCAGCGCUGCCAGCCCGCCCAUGCUCAGCAAACAAGGAUUCGCCAUUCAGGGUCCCUUACUGAGGGCCUCCUCUGUCAAUGAAACCCUGGAACAGGAACUCAGAUCCAAACUCUGUGAACUGGUUGGCCAGGCCAGCGAGACGGAUGUGUUGUCUUCACAAUUUGAACCAAUCAGAGAAGCUGGCGACAGGAGAAUGAACAGUGUGAGGGAGAAAGAAAGUGAGAUGAUGAGACCAAAAGAAAGGCGUGAGAGUAAAAGAGACAAGAGGAUUGAUAGAGAAAUGAAUGAACAGCAGCUGGAGAGACAGGGUGAUGUAGGAAGACAGAUAUAUAUAGAGAGAGAGAUAGAGCGACAGAGAGAAAUAGAAAGACAGUUUGAGAGAGAGCAAGAGAGACAAAGAGUACUGGAGCAACAAUUGGAGAGAGACAGAGAAAGACAACGAGAAAUAGAGAUUCAAAGAGAUCAAGAGAAGCAAGCGAAGGUUGAGAGGCAAAGGAAAAGCACACGCAUGGACAGUGAACCUGACGUCAGAGUAAAGUCCAAGCAGAAGGAGAAACAGGAAGUGAGCAGUGUAACAGAGGAAGUAACAGGUAGAGUAAAGGAACGAUUCUAGCGAACCAGGAGUUUGGAGCGAUACAAGUGCAGUGAGGAGGUCAAAAAAAUGUCACUACAAAGAAGCAAAUCAGAAACAAGGCCAGAGAAAUGAGAACAACAUGAGACAAAGAGAACAGGGUCAAGCGUCACAUCUCCGGAGAGUGCCCCUUGUGGUCUGGAGGAGCAAAUGGCUCCAUCUGAGGAGGGGCUCAGUGAUCGUGCCCUAGAGCAGAAGCUUCUGUUACUCUCCUCUUUCUUACAUCAGUACUCGGCUGCGUCCUUGUGCAGCAUCACCACCGAGGUUCUGAAGGUUUUAAACGCCACAGAGGAAUUGCUUGGAGAGGCAGAAGGCAAAGUUCACGACCCCUCUCCAGCUGGCACGCCAUUAUCUUCUGGCACAGGAAACAAGAAGUUGGACCAGCACCUCACCAAGAUGGAGGAAAAUGUGUAUUUGGCUGCAGGUGCGGUGUACAGCCUAGAGGGGGCGCUGAUCGACUUAGAAGAAUGUGCUCGCGGCAUUAGCAGCUCCACCACAGAAACCGAACUGGCUUUCCUGGAAGACCAGGUGGCCACAGCUGCCGCUCAGGUGCAGCAGUCUGAGCUCCAGAUCUCUGAUAUCGAGGCAAGAAUAGCAUCCCUCAAAUCGGCAGGUUUAAAUGUGUCUACAUGCACACGGUUUUCAAAGUACAAGUCUAAACCUAAGCCCCAGACUCUGGACUCUUCUCGACAUCAGAGGAGAAAACUUCCUGCACCUCCUCUCAGAAGUCUGUCAGCAGAAACGGAAUUUAAACCCGAGCCACAGGUGAGAUCUAUGAGGCCAUGGCAAGAGAAUAUGUGACCUCCACGUUUCUGGCUCCUUAUAACUUCACUGUUUGACUGCUAGGACCAUCAGGCUGUUCCACACUAGUGCCUUGAUCUAACUUUUGGUCCUCCAAUAUGAUCAGCAUUAAUGCGACUAGACAUCCCCGGGCUCAUAACCGGAGCUCUGUGCUCCAGUAACCAGGGCAACCGCAUCUGUUUCUCUCUGCCUUAAAGAAGACCACACACCUCCAUGAACCACCACAGAGGGUUGUCAUUGUAAUUUUAGCAUUCUACACGUGUACCAUAGGUGGACAAUGGUAAAUGUUAGCAUUCUGGGACCUUGACCUUCUUUCUCCUGUUUUCUGAGUGUUGUACGUGUCUGUAUGUCGGAAAUGUGAAUGAAUAAAAAGGCUGUACCAUAUUUGGUAAAAGUUUUAAGUGUAUGAAAUGUCCAUGUGAAAGUAAACGCAAAAUAUCUGCAGGACCCUUUUGAGUUUCAUCUAUAUAUCUUCAAAGGCAGUUACCAUUAACAUAUUUCUGUUUCUUCUCAUAUCUGGCACAAAUGACUCAGGUUUCUUUUUUGUCAUUUAAUGUAGCUAAUGAAAUUGUGUUCAGCAUCUAAAUCAACUAAAACAAUUCUAAGACUUGCAUUUUGCAUGUCAUUUGUUUUAGACAAAGUGUCAAGUAUUAUUGGAAAGUACUUGACCAUCUUGCCAUAUAAUGAGUUGCACAUGCACAUGUGAGUGUGUGUUUGCAAAACCAUAAACCCCCCGUGUAUUCACACACUUGUGUCCAAAUUAACCCUGGAUAUCCGGUGACCUCUUGAGUGGGAAUAUCAAAUGACUGCCUCAUUAUUGGCCAACAUUCCAUCUCAGUAAAACACACUUCAGUAAAUUACCCACAAGUGAUGUGUACUGUACUGUCAUGAUUCCUAAUAUCAUUUCAUUAAUCUGAAAUACCCUGCAGUUACAUCACGUUCUGCAUUGCUUCAGUAUUAAAGUCAAACUACAAAAAUAAGAACGUAUUUACUAAAGUUGAAAAGUAUGUGGAUGUGCUGUAAAAUACUCACACACAAAUUGGUUUGCACAUGAUCAUUUGAUAUACUAUGCCUGAAUACAACCAUUAGCAAAAUAUCACUGUAGCACAGUAUUAAAUAAACCCAGUAUUAUCACUGUGCUGAGAUAAAAACAGCUUUAUGUACGUUAUUAAAUUGCCACAAGAUCAUAUUCAUGUUUGUUAUUAUAUUAGAUAACAUUUUAUUUAAAGUUAUUGUAUAAAGCACGGAUGUCCAUCUAUGUUAUUCAGAAUCAGAAUCAGAAGAGCUUUAUUGCAAGUGUGCUUGCACACACAAGGAAUUUUCUUUGGUGUUGGAAGCUUCUAGUACAGACAUUCAACACAAUGACAAUACACAUAUAAUAAGAUUUACAGUCUAAAAGAUUCUAAAUUGUGCAUAUAUAAAAUAAAGACUAAUUUUAUGGAGAGUUAUCAAGUGACAGGUAACAUUAUAUGACACAUUGCAUCAUUCUUACCGUGUGACAAGACGAUACGUGUCGUCUAUCAAAACACACUGAUUAUUGGGUUUAUUCGAAUAAUAGAUUAACUUCCGACAAAAAAAGAAAUUACAGUCAUUUUCCGUCAUCUUUUGGUCCUCCGUUUAGAACUUUGUUUUAUGUUUUAUGACAUUACAAAUUUUACCUCAUUUGAGGAAUUCCACUGAAAGGAUUUUUCAUCUUUUUUUUCACUUUUUGAAGCCAAUAGAAAGAAAUUUGGUUUGCAUCUUCCUACUUUGUCAUUCUCCUUUCCGUAGUUUUUAAUGUCUCAAAUGGGUCCUGCUCCCUGUUAUUGUCUAUGGCAAUGUUUGUGACUAUAAGCAUGUAUUACAUUUCUAAUAGAUGUAAAAAUGACCUAUGAAAAGCACAGUCAAGAAAUAUAAAAGUGUCCUACAGUGUCAUGUAUUUUUCUACGUAUAUUAAACAUUGAAUGCAUACUGUAUUUGCAUUUUAAUAAAUUGCAAAAAGAGAAGAGACAGACAUCUAAUAUGUUAGUGUAUUUUGGGUUUGUCAUGAUAAAUAGAAUGAAAGGACAUUAGCCUGUCAGAACAGCAUCGUUGUGUAUUCCAAGUUAAAAGCAGGAACAGAAAAUCUUCUGAAAAAGCCAAUGAAUUUUCACGUGCCAAAUUGCUUCUGACAGCAACAGUGUUCAGCCAUACAUAAAUAAAAUUUGCAUUCCUGAAAA